AGUUGCCUCCCUUCACAAAAAGUACGCCAUAUUGGAACGAAAAUUGAACGAAGACAGUGAAUACUAACAUUUUCCCAUACAGAGAGACAAAAACUCAACAUGCCAACAGCCGAGGUUCAGAGACCUCCUGUUGAAGAUGGCGAAACCCAAGGCCAACAACAGAGUGUCAGUAAACCUGUCAUUGGCAUUAUUUACCCUCCUCCAGAAGUGAGAAACAUUGUUGACAAGACAGCUAGUUUUGUUGCAAGAAAUGGCCCUGAGUUCGAGAACCGGAUUCGCCAGAAUGAAGUUAACAACCCCAAGUUUAACUUCCUCAACCCCAAUGAUGCAUAUCAUGCAUACUACCAGUAUAAGGUGAAAGAGUUCAAAGAGGGCAAAGGUCAGGAACCCGUGGCACCUAAGUUGAACUUGUCGAGUGCGUUGAAGCCCCCUCCAGAGCACCCGAAGAUAGCUGAAGUGUUUGUGCCCAAAGAUCCCCCGCCUGAGUUUGAGUUUGUGGCUGACCCACCUUCUAUUUCAGCCUACGAUCUAGAUGUUGUGAAGCUGACAGCCCAGUUUGUGGCCCGGAAUGGCCGUCAGUUCCUCACCACUGUGAUGCAGAGAGAGCAACGCAACUACCUGUUCGACUUCCUACGUCCCCAGCACAGCCUCUUCAACUACUUCACUAAGCUUGUGGAGCAGUACACUAAGAUCCUAAUCCCACCAAAAAACCUGAAGGAAAAGCUUGCGAAGGAGUCUGAGAGCUACAAAGAGGUGCUGGAGGCUGUCAAGUACAGGGUGGAGUGGGCCAAGUACCAGGCCCGAGAGAAGAAGAAGGAGGAGGAGAAAGUGGAAAGAGAGCGAGUGUCCUAUGCUCAGAUCGACUGGCAUGACUUUGUAGUUGUGGAGACAGUGGACUUCCAGCCACAUGAAGGAGGUGAGUACAUGCAAUCAGGCUCAUGUCCUGACAGGGGCCCGUCGCAGACCAUCCCAGACGACAUGAUACAGAAGAUCAUGCAGAUGAUGGAGGACCGUUAUAGACUGCAACCAGCCGAGAAGGACAUUCACGAAGGCACCAACGCAGACGACUGCCCAGAGGGACACUCCGUCAACGUAGCGGCCACGACCAAGCCACCUUCACGAAGGAAGUCACAGUCUACCUCCAGGAAGGACCCAGAUGAACAGCCUGCACGAAGGGUUAGAAGAUCAUCACCUUCCCCGGACUCGGAGGAUCAUCACUCUUAUAAAGAUUCCAGAAGGAAGACUACGUCGUCCUUGGAGUCAGACUUGGAACCCCCGACUUCACGAAAGCCUUUGCGAAGGUCAAGCCGUCACUCCCCAGAACCGGACACAGUUAAGGCUUCACGAAGGACACCAGUAGCAGGUUCUAAAUCAUCUUCGUCCAGACGAUCAUCUGCAGAUUCCUCAAGGGCUUCGCGAAGCUAUCAGCGUUCACCUCACAGGUCUCCGCGAAAGUCAAGACGCAGCUCAUCAGGCCGAUCACCAAGAUCAUAUCGUUCGCCUCGCCGUUCACCUCGCCGAUCACCUCAUAGAUCACCACAUCGAUCUCCACACAGAUCUCCUAACAGGUCUUCACAGAAGUCCCAAGGCAGGUCUCCUUUAUCGUCACCCUGUACAGCAAUAAAACCAUAUAUACCACCAUCACAAGAGCAUCAACCUCUUAUCGGCGAUUCCAUUACAGAAGACGAUGGAGGCAUCAUCUUCUCAGACGCUGAGAUACGAUACUGGAUUGUAAACAACCUAGACCUUUCUUCACCUUCCAAGAGUAACAACUCAGUGCAGACUUAUUUGAUGAAGGAGGACGAUGCUGAUGCCAUCACCUUACCACCGAUCGACCCGAUUGCUGCGGUACCGAAGAAUUUGGACUCAGCCUUCCACAAAGCCACUAAAGUCCAAACAGCACAUUUACCACAGUUCCAUGCUAACAAGUUUUCAACCCACAACAUGGAACUCGCUCCUCAAGGCACAAGACAUAGACGACAACUACAAAUUGACAAUGACAUGGAGAUGGAGUCUGACGAGGAAGGCGAUGAUGAAGACCAGGGUCCAGGGAAGAAUGGCCCUGGGGGACAGUCGAACGACGACAUUCAGGUUCAGGAUAUGGAGGAAGAUUCAGACGAGGAAGUGAUGGACAGACCACCCAAGUCUAAAGCUGCUGCACCACCGCCACCUCCCCCACCCCUCCCAGAGGCACCCCCACUGCCCCCCACACCGGACCAGGUGAUCAUCAGGAAAGACUACAACCCCAAGGCACGCCCCGUCACAGCAGAGGGUGGGCCAGACCAGUACAUGGUGUCACCCAUCACAGGGGAGAAGAUCCCUGCCCACAAGGUGCCAGAGCACAUGAGGAUAGGGCUGCUCAACCCCAAGUGGAUGGAGGCGAAACAGAGGCAGAUGGAGGAAAUGAAGGAACAGGAGGAGGUGUACGCUGCUGGCUCUGCCAUUGACACCAACCUCAAGCAGCUCGCAGAGAGGCGUACUGAUAUCUUUGGUGUUGGCACAGAGGAAACACAGAUUGGUAAAAAGAUCGGAGAGGAAGACAAGAAGGAGCGAUCGAAGAUUGUGUGGGACGGCCACACAGCCUCCAUGGAGAAAGUGUCACAGAGGGCAAGGGAGAACAUCUCUAUUGAAGAGCAGAUUGCCACCAUACACAAGGUCAAGGGACUGCUGCCUGAUGAAGAGAAAGAGAAGAUUGGACCUGCCAUGCCUAAAGCAGGUUCUGCCCCACCACCACCUCCUCCCCCGAAGUCCGCUCCUCCACCCCCAGGUUCACAGCCAGGACCUCCCCAGCCUCCCAACAGACCUCCACCCCAGCAGAUGCGUGUGUCCCAUCAAGUCCCCAUGCAUCCCCCGGGAGGAGUGAUGGUCCUGCCUCCCAGACCUCCGAUGAUGAUGGGCAUGCGAGGGCCCCACAUGCGACCACCAAUGGGUAUGCAUCCUGGCCCCCCACAAGGAUACCCAGGUCCCCCUGGGCCCCCAGGCCCUCCUCAUCGCCCUGGGCCACCACCCCCACCAUCCGGUCCCAUGGAUGACGAACCCCCCAGCAAGAAGCAGAAAACUGAAGACAACCUGAUGCCUGAGGAGGAGUUCCUCAAGAAGAACAAGGGUCCAGUUACAAUCAAGGUGGCUGUGCCCAAUGUGCCAGACAAGCCUGAAUGGAAGCUCAAGGGACAGAAGCUGGACUUCACAUUACCACUCACAGAUUCCGUGUCUGUGAUCAAGGCCAAGCUGCACGAGACGCUAGGAAUGCCGGCUGGCAAACAAAAGCUGCAGUAUGAGGGAAUUUUCAUCAAGGACUCCAAUACACUGGCUUUCUACAACUUCUUGAAUGGUGCUACAGUGUCACUGGCUCUGAAAGAAAGAGGAGGAAGAAAAAAGUAACUCCUGUGUUAGAAUAUUCAUUGCUUCACCUCUGCAGCAAUACCAAAUUUGUCCCCAGCAAUAUGGGGCAGUGUGGGCAGGCUUGAAGAUUUGGGUGCCUGUCAUCGUAUCUCACAAUAUCAGUCAUUGAGGUGUCUGGUCAAGACUUUACCAGCUGCUACCAUAGCUGGAAUAUUGCUGAGCAUUACACAACAUGCAUAUGUCAUAUAAUAGAAGCCUUUUUUUAAUUAUGACACUGUAUGUGCCAUCAUGCUUUCACCAUGGAAAUGAUUACUGUGCUUAGUCAUCCAGAACUCUGCUGUCUUGUAUAAAUAAUGCUGGUGAGAAUAAAAUGUACAGCCGUU